GACCUGACGAGGUUCUAUGACAAGGUGCUUUCUCUGCAUGAGGAUUCAGCGACCCCUGUGUCUAACCCUCUGCUUGCAUAUACUCUCAUCAAACGCCUACAGUCUGACUGGAGGAAUGUGGUACAUAGUCUGGAGGCCAGUGAGAACAUCCGAGCUCUGAGGGAUGGUUACGAGAAGGUGGAGCAGGACCUGCCAGCCUUUGAGGACCUUGAGGGAGCAGCAAGGGCCCUGAUGCGGCUGCAGGACGUGUACAUGCUCAAUGUGAAGGGCCUUGCUCGAGGCGUCUUUCAGAGAGUCACUGGCUCCGCCGUCACUGACCUAUACAAUCCCAGCCGACUUUUCUCCCUCACGGCGGACGACUGCUUCCAAGUUGGCAAGGUGGCCUAUGACAUGGGGGAUUACUACCAUGCCAUUCCGUGGCUGGAGGAGGCCGUCAGUCUCUUCCGAGGAUCUUAUGGAGACUGGAAUACAGAGGAUGAGGCAAGUCUAGAGGAUGCCUUGGAUCACUUGGCCUUUGCCUAUUUCCAGGCGGGAAAUGUUUCCUGUGCCCUCAGCCUCUCCCGAGAGUUUCUUCUCUACAGCCCAGAUAACAAGAGGAUGGCCAGGAAUGUCUUGAAAUAUGAAAAGCUCUUAGCAGAGAGCCCCAACCAGGCAGUAGCGGAGGCUGUAAUCCAGAGACCCAAUGUGCCCCACCUGCAGACCAGAGACGCCUACGAGGGGUUAUGUCAAACCCUAGGUUCCCAGCCCACUCACUACCAGAUCCCCAGCCUCUACUGCUCCUACGAGACCAACUCCAGUCCCUACCUGCUGCUCCAGCCUGUCCGGAAGGAGGUCAUCCACCUGGAGCCCUAUGUUGUCCUCUACCAUGACUUUGUCAGUGACUUGGAGGCUCAGAAAAUUAGAGGUCUCGCAGAACCAUGGCUGCAGAGAUCUGUGGUGGCAUCAGGUGAAAAGCAGCUACCAGUGGAGUACCGCAUUAGCAAAAGUGCCUGGCUGAAGGACACCGUUGACCCAAUGCUGGUGACCCUUGACCAUCGCAUUGCGGCCCUCACAGGCCUUGAUGUCCAGUCUCCCUACGCAGAGUAUCUCCAGGUGGUGAACUAUGGAAUUGGAGGGCACUAUGAGCCUCACUUUGACCAUGCUACGUCACCAAGCAGCCCACUGUACAGAAUGAAGUCUGGGAACCGAGUGGCAACAUUUAUGAUCUAUCUGAGCUCGGUGGAAGCUGGAGGAGCUACAGCCUUCAUCUAUGCCAACUUCAGUGUGCCUGUGGUCAAGAAUGCUGCACUAUUUUGGUGGAACCUGCAUAGGAGCGGCGAAGGGGAUGAUGACACACUUCAUGCUGGCUGUCCUGUCCUGGUGGGAGAUAAGUGGGUGGCCAACAAGUGGAUACAUGAGUACGGACAGGAAUUCCGUAGACGCUGCAGCUCAAGCCCUGAAGACUAACAUGCUGGCAGAGAGAAGUUGAUGGAGUCCUGUCGCUUUCCAGAGAAGCCAGAAGCCAAAAGCUGGGGAUUGGAGAGGAAAAAGGAGAACAUCCUUCUGCAAGAGGGCCUAGUCAGCACUGUGUUCCUUGCAAAUAAGAGGCACGGAAGUGGUGUUUACCAGGGAGCACCUGAGAAUUCACUGAGAAACCAUUCACAUUGUUUCUCCUCCAAGCAUGAAUGACAGUAGAAUGGACAAUACAAAGGACGAGGCAAGAAGGCUGGAGAGAGACAUUUCUGGAGAUCAGGGACUCUCUCUUGGGAACAGGACAUAUCAGCAGGCUCUGGGGUUUUCAGUGGGGGCAUUUGCCAUUUUGAACCUUGACACCAGGGGUCCAGAAGUGCAGUGAGGACACCUGCAGGAGGGGCUGGCCCGGCUCCCACGGCUUUUUACCCUUCAGCCCACUGACUUGUGCUGAAGACUAAGCAAGCAGUAUCUCCGUAUCAGGAGUGUACUUCAUAUGAUAAUUCUUUAAAACAGAAAGGAGCUUUUCUUGUAUGUUGAUUUUUAAAUACAGCCACUAAAAUGUUUACAAAUCAUUUUUCACACAGAAUAUUCUUACAUUAUAACACUGAGUGAAAAAAGCAGAGUGUAAAAUUUUAUUUCUGCCAUAAUCUCAACUUGGCUCACCUCCCACCACUCCCCUCUCACUCCAUUCGAGACACAUGACGUUCUUUCUAUUCCUCGAAACCACCAUGCCCUUCGCCCUCAACACCGUCCCCCCUUUCCAAGGCCUCUGUAUUUGCUGCUUCCUCAACUCCUCCUUGGCCAAGCUCUUCUCAUCAUUUCACUCUUGGCUCAGUCCAGCCUUCCAGCCAGUUCCCUUCACAUGAACUGAUUUUUAUUUUCUUUAUAACACGUUUCUUGAAUUGAAAUUACUUGAUUCAUUUGUUUAAUUGUGGCCAGUUGCUUUCCCUGCAGGGUGAAUGCUUUAAGACCCCACUGUAUUUUGUAAAUGCCUCUAUUAUAGCUCCCAUCCCACUGAAUUUCAGUAUUUGUUUACUUGCCUGGCUGUUUACAUUAGACUCUGGGCUCCAUAUUUCUCUUGGUAUCCCCCAGAGGAAGGUCUGGCUUGAAAUAAGUAGGCAUUCAGCAAGUAUUUUUGGAUAAGUGAGUAAGAAGGCAUCCUUUGAGCUGUGCUUUGGGGGACAGGUAGAAUUUUUACAGGCAGAGUCGUAAUGAGAAGCAUUUCCCUGCAAAAGGACAAGAUGAGCUGAGGCUGCAUUGAUGAGUGACUAGUAUUUGAGCAUUUGUGCACAGGGAACAGUCCAGGCAACUCUGCUCAGAUUCCUCAACAGGGGCAGGGGUAUGUGUCUUGCACACAAAGAAGCCACACAGUUAAAUAACUGCAUGGUUAGACGCAGUGCUGCCUCCACCCCCAACCUGCACCUCGCACUUCAGGAUUGCUGCUCCCCAGAGCUCUGUGGCCCCCAAGGCCAGGGUUCUGAUGUGCUGAUAGCCAGCUUCCUGCAGAGCCUUGGUGAGUGCCUGAUCACAUCCCGGUAUUUCUGCCGUGUGUGCCUGGAUUCUGGAAACUGUCUUACUAAGUUAUUCUCAUGUAGGGGAGGAAAAAUAAUUUCCCCCCUACCCUUCUCUGUUCUUAGCUGAGACCUCUGUAAUUAGCGACAAUUACAAAUGUAUUUGCACUGUUAGCCCCAUUUGUUUUUGUUUGUUUGUUUGUUUGUUUGUUUUUUUGAGGGAGAGGAGAGGAAGAUUUUUGGUUUUUAUUGAAGAUGGUUUAUGGAAGAAUGAGAGAAAGCCAAGAAGAAAGAAAGUGGAACAGCCCCGUUUAAAGACAGGUUCCUGCUGUUUGAGCUGGAGCGUCAGGGGCAGGAAGGGGAGGCAAAUAGAAGUUUUUUAACAUGUAUAUAUCAUGUAUACAUGGGAGACACUCAGGGAAAAGUUAGUAGCUCCCUAAGGUGUUGAGAAUUCAAGCUUAAAUACCAUCCUAAUAGGGACAGUAGAGGAUGUAGGCCUCCUUAGGAAAGAUGAAUGGGCACUUAGAAGCACAGGUGGGAGGGAGGCAUGAGAGUUUUUGAUAGUUUGUCUGGGUGCGGCAUCCACUUCUAGUCUCCUCUCCUGUGAUGAGUCCAUUUUUCCUGGUUGAUGAAACUCCUAGGGAGAGGUUCAUGACAACUGAGUUCCUCUUGGAGGACCUGUCUUUAGGAAAAUAAGCAGAGUUCAGAGAAAGCCUCCCCCUGCAUUUGCUGUUUUUCAAAUGCGUAGAGCUCAAAAUAAUCAAUAUGCCAAAGCAGCAUAUGUGGCACAUUCUGCUACCUUCAGUCACAUACUGACAACCUGCCUCCUCCAGCUCCAGAGGAACAGGCCUGAGACAGAAAGCUGUCUGUGGGCCACACUGCUCCCCUUUCUUCACAGCUGCAGGGAUCAGAGCUGGGCCGUCUCAGAACUGUGGGGUGGGUCUGAGCUAAUAACAGCAGUGGUGAACUUCUUGAGUUUCCCAUGUGACAGGCACCUUUCUAAGGGCUCACAUGAGUUAAUGAAACUCUAAGGGCUCUGUGAGUUAAUGCUCAUCCCAACCCUACGAGGUCGAUCAGGUAUUAUCCCCAUUUUACAGAAAAGAAGGCAGAGUUAGAGGGUUAGGUGACUUGCGAUGAUCUCACAGUCUGGCUCCAAACCUUGUGCUUUGAACCACUACUCUUGCACUAAGAGAUGUCAGUUUUCAAACAUCUUGACCAGGUGACUGAGAUCCAAGAAUUGUCUGGCUGCAAAUGAAACAACAGCGGCUUACUGAGCACUCCCCAGGGGCAGGCCCAGGCCCAGGCCCAGGCCCAGGUGUGCUGUGGGGGUGAGAGGUGCAGGAUACAGUCGGCUAGUAGGGAGAUGAGACAGAUUCAUCCCAAGUUAAAUUUUAGUUAAGCACAAUACGAAAAUGCUGCGUGCAAUAAGACCUGAAUUAUUGAAUGCUGCAAUCAAGAGCUGAAGUUGGGAUAGCCUCAAUUGUUUAUUCACAUAACAUUACCAAGGUGUGAACCCCGUGCCAGGCCUUUUGGGACAUCAGGAAUGGAAAGGAGAAUUCUACACUAACCCUGCCCAGACCCAGACCCUGCCCAGAUCAUCACAAGACAAUGUAGCCAUAGGUGGAGACAGGACCAGAGCACUGACAGGCCCCCAGAGGCUUCAUGGUAAGGAGAGACUGACCAAGUUUUGAUGAAAUGGGGGCAGUCCUGGGAAGGGUUUGUAGAGCAGCAGUAGGAGGAGCAGGGUGGGGAGGAAUGACUCUCCCUAGAGCUACAAAUAGUAUCACCUUACUUUUGGCCAGCACGUUAUUUUCAAAAACACUUUAGCAUCCCUUCCUUUGAACCUCACCUACCCAAGGAGGAAGGCCAGCAGCAUGGUAGAAAGCAAGGUCUGGAAUGGUUAGUGGCAUGUCUGGGGUGGCAGUAGAGCUUGGCCUGAGGCCUAGUCUUUUUUCUCCCUCACCAGUGCUCUUUCCACUCGAUGGCUUUCGAAGCUAUGUCCCUCCAUUGCACCAGAGCUGGAGAGUGGGAAGGCCUUGUUCUGUUAUAUCUGCACAAGUUUCCAUGCCCUCAGAAACUGACUAGUCCUGCAGCAAAGUGGUGUGGCUGAUAGGUCCCAACAACACUUAGUGUGUAGGUAGCUAAUUAUAAAUAGGACUGACCAUGGCUUGGGGCAUAGGUUAUUUAUAAUUUUGCUUCUUUCUUUCUUGCACUGUGCUUCAACUGUUUUUCUAACAGCUUCAUCCAACCUGGGCUCCUGGCAUUGCAUUAUAUAUCCCUCCCAAGCUUCACUCCAGGGAAUGUUCUUUACAUUAAUGACCACUAUCAUUGUCCUCAGUAAGUAACCACAUAGCACCCAUUUACUACAGCCCAAGCACUGUGCUAAGAACUUUGUUUCCUUCAGUCCUCACAUUGAGAUAGGCACUAUUAUCCUCAUUUGACAGAUAAGAAAAACUUUCCUGAGGUUACAUAGCUAUAAAGUGACAGAGAAAGGAAUAAAAAUCCAGGUCUGUCUCCAAACAUCUUAACUAGCCCUCUGUUGUCUGUAUUGCAUGAUAUUUUGCUAUGGUUGCUUUGCUCUCACUGGCAAUAUCUUUGGGUGCCAACACUUUUUGAGAGGAGUCUCUAACAUUUCCCAGGCUUUGGAAAGGUCUAUCCUUUGUGCCUCUAAUGCCUAAUGGCUAGGAACCCUGUCAGAUGUAGGUAUUUGUUGAAUGCACAGGUGAAUCACCUCAAUCCCACAGAUGUACAAUGAACACCUGUUGUGUCACAAGCCCCAUGCUGGAUACUCCAUGAGAAUCCAAGAAAAUGAGGUCUGCUCACUGCCCUUAAG